CAGGACAGAUAUAAGAAAAUUUAAGAAGCAAAGACAGACAAAUCGAGAAUUCAAAGGAACAGAGAGCAGGAGAAGGAAGGUGUUGUAGUGAAUGGCGCAACAAGCAGUGCAGAAGAACACGCUGUAUGUCGGAGGGCUGGCGGAGGAGGUGAACGAGGCGAUACUGCACGCGGCGUUCAUACCGUUCGGGGACAUUAAGGACGUGAAGACGCCGCUGGACCAGGCCACCCAGAAGCACCGCUCCUUCGGCUUCGUCACCUUCCUCGAGAAAGAGGACGCCUCCACCGCCAUGGACAACAUGGACGGGGCCGAGCUCUACGGCCGCGUCCUCACCGUCAACUACGCCCUCCCCGAGCGCAUCAAGGGUGGCGAGCAGGGCUGGGCCGCCCACCCCAUUUGGGCGGAUGCGGACACUUGGUUUGAAAGGCAGCAGCAGGAAGAGGAAAUGCAGCGUAUUCAGGCAGAGAAUCGGGCUUCAAUGGAGGCUGCAGAGGAGUUGCAUCGAAAGAAAAUGGCUCAAGAACGAGAAGGGGAAAAGGAAGAUGAAACAGAAAUCAAGGAUGAUCCCAUGGCAAGGGCUGAAGCAGAGGCUUUGAAACAGAAUAAUUAGUUCUUAGCUACCAAAAUGAGCACUUGAUGAGGGAGACUUAUCAUUCUUUCUGAUCGUUUUUAUCAAAUCUCUAAUCUGUCACAACUCUUGUGUAGAACUUUAUAUAUGAAAUGAAUACUUGUAAUCGUGUAGAUGGGGAUUUGCUUCCUCUAUACAACUAAUGGAUUGAAUUGCUUUGUGAUCUUUUGAUUUUAUUAACUUCUUUCUGCUUCA